UUUUUUAUUUAUUUUUUUCUCUCUUUCCUAUCUUUUCACUUUUCCCACUCAAAAAGGAUACUUCACCCACUUCUUCCUUCAUUUCUCUUUUUUCAUUCUUCCCUUCUUUUAUUAUUGCUUUCUGACCGCUCAUGGAAACUCUGGAACAUCAAACUGCCCCGGAAAGCACUCGCGGAUUAUUUGAUCCUCCGGAUUCACAGCCUUCAAGACAUAGCACAGGGUCACACAAUCGUCGGUCGUUUCAAGCGUUGCUAGACAGCAACCAUGUUUCCAGGCACUCGAUUCAACCGGUACCUUCUCAACCACGCCAGAAACAGUUUCGUUCUCGAUCAGCCAGUACGUCGGAUAUGUCCUCGCCCCAAGGCAUCCCUCGACAGUUUGGUCUGCAGACACUGGCGGAAGAAGGCUCCGGUUUGGAAGCCACCGAACCUCGCCAACGAGAGGAACCGGCGAUUUCCAUGGCUGUCGAUUCGUUGCAGGGCAUGAUCGAUUCUCUGCGAUCGUUACCUCCUAUUACUCCGGGUGAGAAAGGACGCCGUCUUGGUCACCGCAAGCAGCAAUCGUUGUCAUCUUUAAGCUUUGUACCACCACCAAGUAAUAAGCGAUUAUCUUUCGGAACCGACAUGCAGAGUAUGGUGCAGAGCACCGUCGAAGAGUUGCGCCACAUCCCCGAUCGCACCGAACGCAGAAGAAGUCGGCGGGCCAGCAGUAUCAGUGGCCAUCAGGAUUCCGGCAGCGGACGUGAUGCCGCCCUGGCGGAAGCCGAGGCCAAAUUACUCGGAACUUUCGGAAACCCUGUGGGAAGCAAUGAUCAGGGUAAUGGAAUGGUGGCCCCAGGUAACCGACGUCACUCGACGUCCCGAUAUUUCAGCUUUGACAACAAGGAUAUGCAACAGCGAGACUUUAUCAGAACGGCGGGUCGUCGCUACUCCGAAUCUGCAGGCAGCAGUUUUGAUCGACGUACGUCGUUGCAGAUGCCUACAUUGACCGAGAAUAUGGAAGCAACCUCAUCGAGUUUGAAGAGACGCAUCCAGUUUAACAAACCGUUGAAUUUGGGCAUGGACGAUAACGAACGUUCCGGCGGUGGACACAGUCGACGUUCAUCUCGGAACUUGGAUUAUGAUUGGCGAUCAGGCGCUGGCAGCUCAAUGGUAUCGCCCAGUUCACCCACCCCUUUCUCUUAUCGUUCGUUCAACUUGGUCCCAUUUACUCCGACUCGUGUGAGUUUUGCUCGAGAUGAUGCCAAUCCUCAUCAGCGGAGACUACUUUUUAUUGCCCAUUUGCCUUAUACGUCGUUGACACCUUUAUUCCGCUCCCGACAAUUGGUGCGUGGUCUGCUGCGAGUCAAUAAGCGCAAUCGAAACGAUGCCUAUGUCUAUUGCGAAGAACUGGAAGCCGAUAUUUACAUUUGCGGAUCACGCAAUCGCAACCGAGCCUUGGACGGGGACGUGGUCGCUGUUCGAUUAGUGGAUGUGGAAAAAAUCCUGCGUGAGAAAAAGGAAAAAGAGGAAACCAAGCUGAUUCGGAAUGGCGGACAAGCUCGCGUUCGUUUACCUGACGAAGAAGAUGAGAAUGAGAUCAUCUUUGGUGGUGAUGACGAAGUUGAUGUUGUCCAACCUGAAUACUGUGGUGUCGUUGUCGCUAUUCUGGAACGAGCUCAGAAUCAAGUGUUUUCGGGUAAUUUAAUGCUCAUGCGUCCCAAUAACAAACGAGCUCAAGAGGAAAAGGCGGCCGAGGAAAAAGGUCUUAGCAAAAAGGAAACACCUCGCAUUGUGUGGUUCAAAUCCAUGGAUAAGCGUGUUCCCUUGAUCGCUAUUCCUAUCGAGCAAGCGCCCGCCGAUUUUGUAGAAAAGAGCCAAGAGUACGCUAAUCGUCUGUUUGUGGCUUCUAUCAAGCGUUGGCCUAUCACUUCGUUGCACCCUUUCGGCACGUUGCAGCGAGAAAUUGGAUCCGUGCUGGACGUUGAUACUCAGAUCAAGGCCAUUCUUGCCGAUAACAACGUAACCGAUGUCGAUUUCUCCGACGCAGUCAAGGAUUGCUUACCGCCCAUUCCCUAUGAUUUUGCCGAUUGUCCGGAUGGCUCACGUCGUGAUUUGCGUAAUACACGCCUAUUUACUAUGGAUCCAGCAAAUUCAAAAGUGUUGGAUGAUGCGCUGAGCAUUCGUGUUUUGGAGAAUGAUUUGUACGAAGUAGGAGUGCACGUAAGCGACGUGGCUUAUUUCAUUGAGCCUCAUUCGCCACUUGAUAAAGAGGCUCGUGCUCGCAGUGUGCAAGUGGAUCUGCUUCAUACAUCUGUGCCCAUGUUGCCCCCUGUAUUGACAGAGCAAGUGACGAAUCUAAGCCCCGGACAAUCCAGAUUCGCAUUGUCGGUUAUCUGGAAGAUGGAUGGGUAUGGCAAGGUUCUCGAUACUUGGAUUGGAAAAACCAUCGUUCGGUCAUCAGCGCAGUUGACGUUUGAUGACGUUGAAAAAGUACUUGAUAAUGCGCCGUGGGAUGCUAUACAGGAUCAGAAACUAAGCUCGGAAAUUGCGCAAGACAUUCGACUGCUUCACGCUAUUGCUACAGAUAUGCGUCAGACCCGGCUGCAGGAUGGCGCUAUGGACCAAAAGCGAGAGAUUGUGGAGUUCCAGUUUGAUGGUCGCAUGAAACCUUUGGCAAUCCACUCCAAAGGAACCUCCUCUCCCGUUCAACUUUUGAAACAAUUCUUGCGAUUGGCCAACAUCAGUGUGGCACAGAAAAUUUCGAGCCACUUCCCCGAGCAAGCUUUAUUGCGCCGUCAAGCAGCACCGUUACGCCGUAAAAUUCAUGAGCUGCAAAAGUAUGCUGCUCAGGAUUUAGGGGUAUCGUUGGGUGUCAGCAGUGCUGGUGCAUUGCAGCAAUCUGUGGAAUCGAUUACGGACCCUGUCGUACGAAAACUGGUGUCGGUACUCAUUUUGAAGACCAUGCCAUCGCCAAAGUAUUUCUGCACAGGAGCAGUGGAUAUACUGAAAUAUUCCCACUUUGCACUCAACCUUCCGCUAUUUACCCAUUUCACCGCUCCCAGCCGACGUUUCGUUGAUCUUAUUGUUCAUCGUCAAUUGGAAGCAGCACUGAACCAUGAUAAGAACUUUUACCUGAACAGCGAGACAAUCCAGAAACUGGCUCAGCAUUCCAACAUUAAGAAAGAGGCUAGCAUUUACGCGGCCGAACAAACACGCACACUUUACCUUGCCUUAUACCUAUCCAAAAACAUGACCCACAAUGUCGUUCGUCGUGAAGCCACCGUGGUUGCUGUAUUUGAUCAAUUCUUUGACGUGAUGAUUUCGGAACUCAACAUCGAGAAGCGAGUGCAUCUGGCUAGCUUGCCCGUUUGGAGAUCCAACUUUAGUUCGCAGCAACGGACAUUAACACUGUUCUGGCGCAAAGGUGUGGACACUUCUACGGGAAGGGAGCGUCGAUACAGCAUGUCAGACGAAGAUGAUGAGGACGACGAGAUUGAUGAAGAUGCUCUUCUUGCGGACAUGGAAAAUUCAGACGAAGAUGCCAAUACGACGGUUCAUCCAAGUGAUAUCCACAGUGCCGAUGCUUCGGCUAAAGAAGGAGAACAAUGUGACCAGGAAAACACGAAAGAAGGAUUUACCAGUGGUCCGGGUUCUUCCACUGGAUCUGUUACUUCCACACGACGGCUGAGUAAAUCGGCCAGCCGCCGCGCGUCGAUAGCCAAAGCUUGUCUUUCAGAAUGCACGGGAUACAGCACCGAACAGGGUUACCAAACGAUCAAAGCCCUCGAUAAGAUUCAAGUGGUGGUCAUCAUCGAAAUGGUGAAAACACCACCCGUCAUUCGUAUUUUGGCCGCUAAUCCAUUCGCAUAACUCUUUUGAUCUACAUAGGAAAGAAACCACCUUGACAAUUUGUACGCGUUUUCCUUUCACCUUCAAUUUUCUCUUUUUAUACAUUAUUAAAAAUAUCAUACCAUCUGCGAGCAUCUCUUUCAAUUGUAUGUACUCCAAGAUAAUUUUUUCCUCAGUUUUCUCGCCAUGUAAAGAUACGAUCGAGCCAUCCGCCAUCAUUGGUUUAUUAUUGCACGAUGAUACAACUGUAUAAGACAAAACAUUCAUUCACC